UAACCUCAAGCCAUGGACAUAAGCUUCAUAUUGCUCUUAGCUCUUACCUUGAUCAUGUCUAUCAUCCUCUUUAACUUUUCUAGGCUUGUAAGAAAGAAAAAGGAUUUUGAUCGACACAAACUUCCACCUGGACCAACAAGAUGGCCGAUUGUAGGCAACCUCUUGCAAUUGAGCCGGUUGCCACACAGAGAUUUUGCACGAUUAUGUUUGACAUAUGGCCCAUUAGUGUAUCUUCGACUCGGCUUUGUACAUGCUAUAACAACCGAUGACCCGGAGGUCAUUCGUGAGAUUCUCGUUGGACAAGAUGAUGCAUUUGCUUCACGGCCAUCAACAGUGGCGGCGACUAGGUUGGCUUACAACAGUGGUGAUGUGGCCCUUGCACCGAUGGGCGCACAUUGGAAGCGCAUGCGUAGGAUUUGUAUGGAACAUUUGCUGACUACAAGAAGGUUAGAAUCGUUCGCAGGACAUCGAGCAGAGGAGGCUCGACAUCUGUUGAUGGAUGUGUGGCACAAAAGUAGGAAUGGUGAAACGAUUGACUUGAGGCAGGUGUUGGGAGGCUUCUCCAUGAACAACGUGACAAGAAUGAUAUUAGGGAAGAAAUAUUUUGGUCCAGCGACUGCAGGCCAGGGAGAGGCAAUGGAGUUCAUGGCCAUCACCCACGAGCUUUUCCACCUCUUAGGGAUCAUAUAUCUGGGAGACUAUUUGCCGGCAUGGCGCUGGGUGGACCUCACAGGCUGCGAGAGGAAGAUGAGAGAGGUGGAGAAGAAGGUGGACCGGUUUCAUCAAAAAAUCAUAGAGGAACACAGAGAGGCAGGAAGGAGGAGGAAGGAGAAUGGAAGAGGAAUUGAUGGUGAAGAGGAAGAUGAUGGCAUGGACUUUGUGGACGUCUUGCUAUCUUUGCCUGGAGAGAAUGGAAAGGAGCAUUUGUGUGACAGAGAGAUCAAAGCCCUAAUGCAGGACAUGGUAGCGGCGCCCACCGACACCUCCGCCGUAACCAGUGAAUGGGCCCUAACCGAACUCAUCCGCCACCCACACAUCCUCCAUAAAGCGCAAUUUGAACUGGACUCCAUCGUUGGCCGCCACAGAUCCCUCCUCGAAUCCGACCUCCCCCACCUCCCCUACCUCCGCUGCAUUGUCCGCGAAACCUUCCGCCUCCAUCCAGCCGGUCCAUUCCUCAUCCCACACGAAUCUCUCCGUCCCUCCCAUCUCAUGAACGGCCGCUACACCCUCCCCUCUCACACACGUGUCUUCAUCAACACACACGCCCUUGGCCGCAACCCGCACGUAUGGGGACAUGAUGUGGAUGAAUUCCGGCCGGAGAGGCACGAGAAGGUCAGGAAAGGGAAGGUGGAGAUCAGUCAUGGGGAUGAUUUUGUAAUAUUGCCGUUUGGAGCGGGAAGGAGAAGGUGCCCGGGAGCCCCGCUGGGGGUGGUGUUGGUGUUAAUGGGGUUGGGGACUUUGUUGCAUGGGUUUGAGUGGAAGCCGGGGGAUGGGAAGAGGCCGGAGGAGGUGGGAGUGGAGGAAGUUUUUGGGCUGACGAUGCCGAGGGAGGAACCGCUCAGGGCGGUGGCGACGCCAAGGUUGAAGGAGGGCAUGUAUAUCUAAGGGGGGUGAUGACCGCCUUUAUAUAUGUUUUGUGUUAUUUAUUGAUCAUAUGUUUGGAUGUCUUUUCUAUUUAUGAAAUAAAGAAUUAUGUUUAACUUUAAGU